ACUAAUCCAGGCUGCAAAACCAGUUGCAGUACUUUCGCGAAGGCGCACCGGAUUAGCAUUUCCUACUUUCUUCGCAUUUCCAGCUCCUUCUUCGCCAUUUGCACUUUGAUUUGCGUUCCCCUUUUAUUUCUUUUUCUCCAGAACCAGCAUCCAGUCCAAAAUGGUGAUCGGUGAAGCAGUCGGGGAUAUCGGAGUGAUCGGCUUGGCCGUGAUGGGACAGAAUCUUAUCCUGAAUAUGAACGACCAUGGCUUCACGGUGGUGGCCUUCAACCGCACCGUCUCAAAAGUCGAUGAAUUCCUGCAGAAUGAAGCCAAAGGCACCAAGGUCAUCGGUGCGCAUUCCAUUGAAGAGCUGGCAGCCAAGUUGAAGAAGCCGCGCCGCAUCAUGCUGAUGGUCAAGGCUGGAUCAGCCGUGGAUGAUUUCAUCAACCUGUUGCUGCCGCAUUUGGAAAAGGGUGACAUUAUUAUCGAUGGUGGUAAUUCUGAAUAUCUGGACAGUCGUCGACGUACCAAGGAUUUGGAGAGCAAGGGAUUUCUGUUUGUGGGAUCCGGUGUUAGCGGUGGCGAAGAGGGAGCUCGUCAUGGACCGUCCCUGAUGCCUGGAGGCUCUGCUGCGGCGUGGCCAGCCAUUAAGGACAUCUUUCAGGGCAUUGCCGCCAAAGUAGGCAACGAACCAUGCUGCGACUGGGUGGGUGAGGAUGGCGCCGGUCAUUUCGUGAAGAUGGUGCACAACGGAAUCGAGUACGGAGACAUGCAACUAAUCGCUGAAGCCUAUCACAUCAUGCGCGAUGUCGUCGGCAUGACCAAUGACGAAAUGAGCGAGGCUUUGGCUAAGUGGAAUAAAGGAUUUUUGGAUUCUUUCUUGAUUGAGAUCACUAGCGAUAUUCUCAAGUACAAGGACGAGAAGGGCCAGCACCUCGUCGACAAGAUCCGCGACGCUGCUGGGCAGAAAGGAACUGGAAAGUGGACAACUAUGGCAGCUUUGGAAUACGGAAUCCCUGUGACCCUGAUCGGUGAAGCUGUUUUCGCUCGUUGUUUGUCUUCGCUGAAAGACGAGCGCGUCAAUGCCAGCAAGCAACUGAAACGUCCCUCCCCGAAAUUCACCGGUGACAGGCAGAAAUUUAUCGAACAAAUCAGCUAUGCCCUGUACGCGUCGAAGAUCAUCUCGUACGCCCAAGGCUUCAUGCUGUUCCGUGAGGCGGCUAAGCAGUUGAACUGGAAGCUGAACAACGGCGGAAUUGCUCUGAUGUGGCGUGGCGGCUGCAUUAUUCGCAGCGCCUUCUUGGGAGAUAUCAAAAAGGCCUUCGACAAAAACCCCGAUCUGUCUAAUUUGCUGCUGGAUGAUUUCUUCAAGAAGGCAAUCAGCGACGCACAGGAUGGAUGGCGCCAGGUGGUGUCGACCGCCGUCCUAAACGGUAUUCCCGUCCCGGCCAUGUCGUCGGCCCUGUCCUUCUACGAUGGCUUCGCCUCGGCCACGCUGCCGGCCAAUCUCAUCCAGGCCCAGCGCGACUAUUUCGGCGCCCACACCUACGAACUCAUGGAUGCACCUGGCAAGUUUGUCCAUACCAACUGGACUGGCCGCGGUGGCACUACGUCCUCCUCCACCUACUCGGCUUAAAUCCGCGCGCACACACCCUCAAGGCGGGUCAUUCCUUUCGCAGCUGCAUGACGAUUAAUUUGUUUAUUUUGCGGGUUGGGUUUGCUUCGAUGUCAGCUUUGCUUCAUUUAGGUGCUUUCUUUACUGUCUAGAUUAUUUUAACUGGUAUUAGAGUCGCUGAUGUCAUUAGUCCGGUUUUGAUUACGGUGAUUUGAAGAAUUUUACAUGUUGGAAGUGGUGGUGGGUUGCCAUUUUAAAUCGCAAUAAAGGAAGCUUGUAGGA